CCAAAAUAACACAUUUAAGACAGAGGGAAAAAAUGCUCUUGCACAAAUAAACUAAAUCCGUAACGGCUGUCGUGAUUAAAGUGAAAUAUGAAAGUUUAAAAAGUUGAUUGCAGCAUUCAAUUUAAAUAUGCUUUGGUUGCAUCAGAUUAAUUUUUAAGCAUUUUUUGCCCAGUUGAGCAUCAUAACCAAUCACAUAGUUUCUGUUGAACUUAGAAAUGCAACGUUGAAUCGAGGGCUAUUAAAUAGUCAUCGCAGAAAACACUGAAGUGGUGUUCUGUGCAUUUCCAGCUGACUGAGUUCUGCAUCUCGCCAGUUCCUUCAUUAAAAUGUCUAGUUUCUGAUUCAGUCCCAUCACUGUCUCGGACCCUGGUUAAAGUGGGUGUGAAAGUGUAUGAAGACCUUUUCAUGACCUGAUGGGACACGUAUAGUGUGGGUUAAAAAUGCAAGAAAAGUUUGAACAGCUUUAUUACAAGGUUUGAUUUUUAAUUCAUAUAAACGAAACACAAUACAGUUGCGGUUGUAAUUAAUAAAAAGCAGUUGCAAACAUUUUACACUGAUUUACUACCAAAUUAUAUUAUAUCUAAAUAUCUCAACUUUGGACAGUUUUUCUUGACAUUGCAUGGUUUCGGGGCUAGUUACUUCCCAAACAUGAUGAAUGAAGGGAUGCACUCUCUUAUAAUUCUGAUACUACAUGCUCCGUGUGAGAAUGAGCACUAGUCAGUCCAGAUGUUAGACACUCCACCGUAUUCAUUCAGUCACAGCAGCCAGGUCUGUUGAACUCCAGGAAAUACUUCAGCAACAGAAUUAUACAAAUUACAAUCUUAUAAUUAUUGUUGUUACACACACAACCACAUCUAUCUUUUUUCAUCUAUGUUUUGUCUUUAAGUGCUACACUGAUGUCAGUGAUGUCCACUAGUAAGUGUGGAGCAGGAAUUGAUUGUAAAAGGGAAAUGUUUGUUUCUUCAUUGUACUCAUUGUGUUUUGCUUGGUUAACCUGUUUAACUUGUUUCAAUGAUAAAUAACAGUAUCACAAUGUACACUUUUUUAUCUCUAUUUUGGUAUAAAUGUCCCUAAUGUAAUUUUGUGUAAUGUCUCCAUUUCAGGUAUUUUUUUAGUUGUCUUUCUAUACACUUUAUCUGUUAGUAGUUAUGCACAUCUCUGACAUCCCUCCUGACUCGGUCAAAGUCUCAAAUGGUCUAUCGUCCUCUGUCUUUAUCUGUCAUGCGUACAUGCAUUAGCAGUGCAUGUCACAGGUUUGUAGGUUUGCUCGGGUAUUGCUCAGAGUUUUACGAGCGACGUUCCCCCUGUACUCGCCCCUGUUCACUUUCUCUGCUUGACAAGCCACUUGUCUCUUUCCAGCUGUUCUCAGUGGAUCUUACUUUGUAGAGCUCUGAUGUAAAAUCAGACUUAUAAUGGACUGCUAUUGCCUUUUACAGUUUGCUAACCUGCAAACUUUAUGUUGUACUAAACAACCUGACAUGACCCAACAGUGAUGAAGACCUGAGUUUAAGUUUAAUCUUCUCUUCAAACCAAGCUGACAAAAGGUAUGUUUUCUUUCUCACUUUUCAUUUGCUCUAUGAAUAAUUAUUUAGGAAACCAUAAAGAAAGGGUUGAAUUUAUGGUCAGGAGUUACUUGUUCAUGACUUAUAAACCCGGCAAAUGGACCAUUUAUGACCUACGAUCAAGGUCUUUUAGCAUCUGCUUUCAUUAGCUAUAUUUUUAUGUUGGCAUUAAAAUGUAGAAUGGACAUUUUAUAGACUAAAACUUUUGUUACAUAUCAAAGCUUUUUACUUUUAUUUGAAUAAUAUAAUAUAGUGUGGCAUCUAAUGCAAAGAUGCUGAAAGGAUGUUCUAAAUGGAACUCAGAAUAAACAACAUCAGUGAAGAACUAUUAUUUUUGUAGAUCACACAUACUUAGAACUGAGUUUAUAAUCUCUCGUAUUAGCAGCUUUGUCUUAUAAAGCAGGUUUAAUGCACUUUGAACACGAAAGUGCUUGAGUGUGUGUUCUGUGCUCUUGGUUGUUUCCUUAUCUAGCCGUUUUGGUUUCUGACGCUUGUAUAUCAAGACAAUUGUUGGCUCUUUUAUUACUAGUAAUGCUCCUCAUUUGGAAGGGUUUAAGAAAUAAUACGAGUAAUGAUAUGCAACACAAAGAGUUUAUCAGUCCUGCUGUAACCCUAAAAAUAGGACAUUUUCGGCUUCAUUCAUGAAACAUGAGCAGAACUAAUUUUUGUGUAAAUUAUCGUAAAGCUGUUUUGACUUAAAUUUUCGAAUUCACAAAAUGUUUGUAUUUUGAAAAUGUAAAGUGAUAUGAAAGAAAUGUACACCUGCUCCCUAGCAUGUGUUAAUGGUGCUCUUUUUGGCAAACUGAUGACACUGAAAUUGAUGCAAUACCAUAAUUACAAGUACAUUGUACUAAUUGUGAAUGAGCAUCUACAAACACCCUAUUUACCAAUGAUUGGAAUUCAUUAAAAUACACGUUUAACUAUCAAAUCUGACAUUUACGUAGAGUUUUUGAAUCUAGAGGAGAGUUUUUUGGAAGGUUUCUGCACAAAUUACUCAUAAUUUAUUCAUAUAUUUACGCAAGUUUCAUGAAUUAAUAUGCCAUUUCCAGUAGAUGCAGGAAUGCACAUUUAUGUCUGACAAAAAAAUCCAGAUGCAUGAAUCAAAUCUGCACAUACAAUGAACUAAAUUAGCCUGAAAGAACAAAUCAUGAUCAGUAGAUCUGCUGUAUUACUAAUCUUUUUUAACUAUUAUAUCAAAAAGGGGGACCAGCUGCCACAAGCUGUGUUAGUGUGCUGUGACAAGAUUUAAGUUUUGUUAAUUAAAUGUAUUUGAGGGUCAUUAUGGCAAUAACAACUGCUGUCAUAUAGUUUCUUAGGGAGGACAACUUGUAAAAUCAACCCUAAAACCUUUCAGAGGAAGGGGAAAAACCUAAUGGAUUUUUAAAUGUUGACACGAUAUAACUAGUAAUAUGAAUUGUUGUGUCAUUGUUCCAUGAUGUGUGUUGUUUUGCUAACAGAAAAUCAAUGAUGCAUUGCUCUCUUCGCGUAGGUUUAACAGAUUUAAGAAUGGAUGUUUGGUGCAGAAAGUCGCAGUAAUGGCUGUGGAGAUGCGAAAUGUCUCCGGGAACAAUGUGGAGGCCCAGCUGAUCUAUGCCAUCACGCUGCCCGUCUCCUGUGCCAUCAUCCUGAUCAACCUGCUCAUCAUCCUGGGCAUCAUCUGUAACCGUCAGCUUCACAACUCACAGAACUACUUCUUUCUAAGCCUGCUGGUGGCCGACUUGUGCACCGGCGUGGCACUUCCCUUCAUCCCCUGGAUGGGCCUGAACCGCCCUCUCAGCUUCUCGUCCUGCCUGCUGGUUCACAUCUUUCCCAACUUUCUGUUCCUGGCCUUUCUCUUCAACCUGGUGCUGGUGCACUAUGAGCGUUACCGGAGCAUCAUGAGUCCCCUUAAGCGCGGACAGCUCUGGCUGCAUCGCCGGUUUGUGCUGCCACUGCUGGCUGUGUGGAUGCUGCCGCUGCUGUUUGCACUGCUGCCUGCCUUUGGCUGGAACAACAAAGCUAUUCAUGAUCGGAAUGAGUGCUGUCCAAUAACCAACAGCACGGCGCACUCUAACUGCAUAGCACUGUCUGGAGAGCGUUGCUGUACAUACCGCAGUGUUUUUCCAAAUGCUUUCAUCUAUUUGGAAGUAUAUGGUCUACUGGCACCCGCUAUUCUUUCCAUCGCUGCCAUGACGUGCCGUGUGCUGUGGAUCACACGAGAACAACUGAGGCACAUCCAGCGUCUGCAGCGAGCCGUAGCAAACAGGAAAUGCAGACGGAGAAUGGAAAUGCGUUAUGCUUGUUGUGUAGCAGCCGUUUCCCUCGCCUUCCUGACCUGCUGGGUGCCCUACAUUGUUUACACCCAUGUAGGCAUGGAGUUUUUGCUCAGACAGGGAGGAAAGAGCAAUCGCACUGGCCACAUUGUGCUGUCCUGUGUUGGUAUCGGGGGCACUGCAGUCGUGCCUCUGUUUUUGGGACUCGCCAACAGGGAGUACACAGAUCCAGUCAAGAAACUGUUCUGCAGACUGUGGCACCGCCACGGACAAAGUGUGCAAAUGGACACUAGCCUUCGAUUCAGCUGAUCAAAUUGCCAUUUGACUAAUUUUUGUAUUUGUAAUAUUCAGCUAAAGAUAACAUGUGAGCUGGGUUUCAGUGAAAUGGUCUAUAGGAUGCUUGAAUGUUUUUUUAUGUACUGAGUGUCAAGAAAAUCUUGAAAUAAUCUUUAAGUGAGAGUGUUUGUGCAGACUCAUGAAGCAACUGCUGUGCCACUUAUCUGAGAAGGAGACUUAAAAAGUGAAAAAAAAGAAAGUGACGUGACAUACCGCCAAGUAUGUUGACCCAUACUCUGACUUAGUGCUUUACAUCUAACCCAUCUAAAGUGCACACACACAACAGUGAACGCACACCCGGAGCAGUGAACACACACACACACACACACAUACACACACAUAGCAGUGAACACACACACAUGUUGGUAUAUGUGGUUUAUGGGGACUCUUCAUAGGUGUAAUGGUUUUUAUAAUGUACAAAUUGUAUAUUCUAUGGCCCUACCCCAACCCUACCCCUAACCCUAACCCUCACAGGAAACUUUGUGCAUUUUAGGAUUUUCAAAUUAAUAAUUCUGUAUGAUUUAAAAAUGUCCUCAUAAACCACCUCAUUGUAAUACCUGUGUCAUACCUAUGUCAUUAUACAAAUUUGUGUCCUCCUUAACCACAUAAACAAGCUCACGCACACAUGCACACAUAACAGUGAACGCACACCCGGAACAGUGAACACACACACACACACACACACACACACACACAACAGUGAAUGCACACCCGGAACAAUGAACACACACACACACAUAGCAGUGAACACACACACACACACACACACACACAACAGUGAAUGCACAUCCGGAACAAUGAACACACACACACACACACACA